CAACCAGCGGAUGUAACAUCCCAACUGAAGAGACCCAGACUCCGUCUCCGCUCACCGUUUCAGCCGCGUAGAACCGGACAGCCGUUACCCACGACACCCGGCCACAUCUUCCCGCCUCCCGCAGGAUGAGUGUCGGCGCUCCGAGAGGCCUGGCCAGCUCGGGGCAGAAGCCCAUCGCGGAGAUCCUCCACCCGCUGUCCGCCGCCGAGGAGCCGCUCUCCCCGGGGCCAGAUGUUACCGUCAACGUCGGAGGGGACAAGGAAGCGGUGUUGACCAACGGCACGCCGGUGGAGACGUCGAGCCCCACCUCGGCGUCCUCGCUGUUCAACAGGCUGCAGCUGGACGACGACCUGGAAGCAGACGCCCGGGACCCCUAUGCCUCCAUGGAGACCCGUGACCUUUUUGUCACAGUCGAUGACCCAAAGAAGCACGUCUCCACCAUGGAGACCUACAUCACCUACAGAGUCUCCACCAAGACGACACGGAUAGAGUUUGACCUUCCAGAAUACAGCGUGCGACGGCGCUACCAGGACUUUGAUUGGCUGAGGAUCAAGUUGGAAGACAGCCAGCCGACCCACCUCAUCCCACCGCUGCCAGAGAAGUUUGUGAUGAAGGGCGUGGUGGAUCGUUUUUCCGAGGAGUUUGUGGAGACGAGGAUGAAAGCUCUAGACAAGUUCCUGAAGCGAGUGGCAGAUCAUCCUGUCCUCUCCUUCAACCCGCAUCUAAAUGCUUUCCUAUCUGCCAAGGAUCUGAACAAGCGUCAGGGUCUGGCCCUGCUGACCAAAGUGGGCGAGUCGGUGAAGCACGUGGCCGGAGGCUACAAGCUGAGGGCGCGGCCGGCCGAGUUCUGCGCCAUGGGAGAGUACCUGGACACCUUCAGCCAGAAACUGGGGACCAUCGACCGCAUCGCUCAGAGGAUCAUCAAAGAGCAGUCAGAGUACCUAACAGAGCUGCGUGAGUACGGCACUGUGUACUCCAGCUGGGCGGGGUCGGAGGAGGAGCUGCGGCGCCCCCUGGAGGGCGUGGCCGGCUGCGUGACAACGUGCUGCAGUUCGCUGGAGGAACAGAGUGAGAACAUGAGCCAGGACUUUCUGCCUGUACUCAGAGAGUACAUCCUCUACAUAGAGUCCAUGAAGAAUGUUCUGAGGAAGCGAGACCAGAGCCAGGCAGAGUACGAAGGACGACUAGAAGCAGCCGUAUUGCGAAAACAGGAGGACAGAACGCCUAUGCCAGUGGAGGUCGAGAAAUGCCAGGACAAGGUGGAGUGUUUCAACGCUGACCUGAAGGCGGACUGGGAGCGCUGGCAGAGCAACAAGAGGCAAGACUUCAAACAGCUUCUCACCGGCAUGGCCGACAAAAACAUCAACUACUACGAAAAGGUACGAUGGCUCCUGUGUGUGAUUACACUGCACGCUGCAAAAACAUGGGCUUUAAAUAUCUUUGGGAAGAUUUUAUUGUCUUGUGAUCAUUGAUCAAAACAUUGUUAUAGUUAGAGCAGAAACAGAAACUGUAUUGUGUUAGGAUGUAUUCACACACAGAAGAAUUUAACACACACACACACACUAACAACAAAUUAUGACAAAGGAGAUGCUGGUUUGUAUUUCUCCCACAAUAACAGUGAAAAUUGAAAAGUGUCAGUGUAGAAGUCAGCAAUUGUUUGGGCUGAGCAUCUUUUGAAAUAUACAGACACUGAGAUACCAAAGUGUUUCUAUACAAAAGUCUUUUUUGUAUAGAGGACGUUUUUAACAGCGCUGUGAUUCAAACUUAAAGAAAUGUUUUCAGUGCUCAGCACUGUGGACACAGUUCAAAAAGCAUUGAUGUCUGAUACCCAACCCUAGUCACUGUCAGUCAGGUUGCUUUACCUCCGACUACAGAUCCAUUGUAAACACAUAGUUACAAGUCAAUACUAUUAAAUAAUCAAGUAUCUGCAGCAAGCUGAGCUUUGGGACCAGAUCCAACAGAGCACUGGAUGAGCUGAAAUGAGCUGCUGUUAUUUAUCCAGGAUGGAUUCAGUGAAGAUGAGUCCUCUUUAGCAGAAAACACACAGUUACUCACAUUCACACCUGGAAGCUGCCCAGUGCAACAACAUUGUGAUCUAUUGAAGCACAGAGAGAGGUUAAGUGCUUUGCUCAUGGGCACCUAAGAGGGGUCAGUGAGGGAUAAAUGGUCACAUAGGGUCAGGAAGAAUAGAAAACUGGUUUCUUAACAUUACUGGUGAUAGUGAGAAUGAAGCCACAGCUGGGCAGAAAAUGCAAAGGAAAAAAAAAAAGAAACUGGCAUGAAACUGCCUCUGACUCUUCCUGCCUUUUCCCUUCGCCUCAUUCUUUCCCUCCGUCGGCUGACUCUCCACCCAUUUCCCUCACCCUCCGCAGUGCCAGGCAGCAUGGGAGUCGCUCAUAACUCUCCUCCAGGACAAACAGACUGAGGAUAAAACGAGUGAGACGAACUGAAAUAUCUCCUCAUGUCUCUGCCCCCCAUCUCUCUCUCCCUCUCUGUAUCACACAAACACACACACAAACACAAACACACUAACACACUCAUGCCAAGGACCAACCGGGCAGCAGAAACUGUUGGACUUUCGCCCCGUUCUCUCAUGAGAUGAUUGUACGGAGGGGGAGUCGUCUCUCUGAGUGAUAUGACCUACGAAAUAGGUAAUGAAUGGUGCUUUCAAGGACAGCAGGGAAAGAGGAGAGACCUACUAUGUACAGAUUUCUGUUUUCUUUUUUGUUGUUGUUCUUAAUGACUUUUUCUACUUCAUAUUUCCAAUUAACAGUCGGUUGCCAAUGCUAUUUGUGUUUAUUUAACUGCGGUCUCAGAGGAUAACUCUUCUUCUGCAUUGCAGAAGACAUUUUUGAGGGCAGAUACUGAUAUUUUGAGUGGGUGUGAAGUAUCUUAAAUUAAAGUACAACUAUUCGGAGCAUGCCCAAGAUUUAUUUCCCUGUCGGGUUGCCUCUGAAAACUUAACACUAAAACUCUCAGCUGAAACAAGACUCAUGAAAUUCUUUUUCCUCUCCUAAAGGCAUCAUAUUGGCUGUAAAUAAGAGGCCAAUCUGUUAUUCUUAACAACCAUAUUCACAAUGUUUCAGCUCAUAAAAUCUUGUAUUUGCCAUUUCUGUUGACCAUUUUCCUUAAGUUUAUAAAGUUUACAGUUUUCCCACGUUCCCUGGAACCACUGUUCCAACUCAAGUCAACAAGUCAACUUGCAGAGAUAUUUAACUUGCUGUGUCAUCAGAGGUUCAUGACCUGGCCCUGUGGUCUGAGCAGAAGGCCAAAGAAAAAGCAGGAGGCGCCUCUGUUAGUUCUACAAAUGGAAGCUUGUGGAUUUUUGUUUUUGGCCCACACCUUUACAGAUAGACAGGAUUCAAAGCUACAUUUGACAGUGACGGCACAGGUGUGGGUGUCUGAGUUGAAUGAGUUUGAUUUUGUUAUACAUUUGUGUUCUGAGUACAGUGCAGCAGCACCAUCUGGUGUUCGAACUAUAGUUUUCAUCCUCUUGAAACUGGUGGCUGGUGGCUGAGCAGCGUGCUACCUCUGCUGGUUUCUUGUUUUGUUUUGUUUUUUAUCACGGCCAUUUGUUGCCUGCGGUAGCGACCUCAUCUUCCUCUGGAGGCACAGGCUUUAACUCAGUUGGGGAUGCAAAAUGGCACACCAGGCAGAUUUAAUGAAAAAGACAGAGAGAACUGAAGGUGAAGGUGAAGACUUCACUGGUAGACUUUUAUUCUCUUUAAACAAGUGGAAACAAUCAGGUCUCAGUGUUUUUGCAGAACUUUUAAGAGUCAAAGGGCAUUUUCUUGCAGUCAUCUGCCUCAGUGACUCAUAUACAUAAGAUCUCUGAAACAGAAACAAAAAAAGACAUUGCUUUGGCAUUAUCACACCCCACUAAUAGAAACUGUGUCUUGCUUUAAGAAAAGUAACUUGAUUGCUGGAUAUGAGGAGUCUUUAGUUUGCAGAGUACAGAGUUUAGAGCUGUCAGGUGACUUUCUUAAACAUGUUCAUGCUGCUGGCUUACGGAGAUAUAAACAACAUUUAGGCUUCUGGUAAAUCUCUGUUGAGGAGUUGGAUAAACCGGUUCUCUAAAAAGUUUUAGGAGUGCUCCUCGGGUCUGAGCCAGGCAUUUCAAAAACUACAUUCUGAGUUAUACACCCUUUACGGUAAAAGCUAAUGCCACUAGUUUUCAGUAAACAUUUUAUUUCUCCUAGUAUGAAUCUGAUUGACUCCGCAAUGUAAACAUUUUUUGGUUGUGUUGAAGCCGGUAAUGGAGAAGAAGAUGUGACUUUGUCUGCUUAGCUGUGACUCACGGGAGACAUUUUUAAGAAGGUGUAGUUGCACAGCAGCACGUAUGACCAACAGCUUUUUUUUUUUUUUUGCGUCACACUGGUUUUGUUUUUUUUGUUUUGUGUUUUUUCCCUUUUUUUUUUGCUGACUCUGAUUUUUGCUGAUGUGGCCUUGCCUUCAAGGAAAAAUCUGUUCUGAGGUAUUUUGAUACUCUUCUAUACGUAAUCUUUGCUGAACCCACUAUACUUAUAUCCAUAUAUACAUAUAUCCUAUCUUUCCCUCCGUCCUCUGCCAGCUCAUUACUUUCAGCAUAAAGUAGCAAAAACUUGACCAAUGAAACCAGGGCAGACUCAGUCAUGUCACAUCUUCCCAGAACCACAUUUACAAAAACGUCUUACCCAUCUUCGGUUACUUAUGGCAGAGAUAUCACCAUCUUUGAGCCUCAUAAACAUGAAGAGUUUCUUUAGCGUCCUUUCAUUUAUUUUCCGGAUAUUCAGGAAUAAGGGGCAGUUGGGGCAGUGAUAUAGCAAAAUCUUUGUGCUUCUAGAGGCUUUAUUAAUAUAAAAAUCUCUUUAGUUUUGUUUCUUUUCACUGAUAUCCUUUUAUCAGAUCCUAUUGGAUACCUCUGACUUUGAGCUGAUGUCACUUUACUGAGCCUACCCUCAGUGUAGCCAAAUGCCAGUACAGAUGACAGCGUCUGCUUGGUGGUUUUAGUACUUUUAGUUCUCUUUUCUCUUUUUAUUUCCUUCAUUUCCCUUGAGCUUUAAAACCAUGAAGCAGCUACUGCUUCCUCUUACUACCAGAAGUCGGCAAGUUGGCUCAUGGGAAGCAUUGUGUUUUUAAUUGUGCCCGUCGAAUGCAGCCAGUUAGGCGGAGUGAGAGUAGAGUAGCUGUGGUCCGGUGUCGAGGCAGCUACAGCAGACAGUACUACGGAUGCACUGAUGCUAAAUGGCUAAAAUACUGUAUUUGUAUGUCAGAAUACCAAAAAUUUAAAAUCCUGUAUGAGGAGCCAGAGUCAGAAGUGCUUCUGUAUUGUCUGGUUCUUGCCUCACUACUAUAUUUUAAAAAUGGUUUAUCCAAGCCUCAGAGACCAAUUCACCAUUAUUCCAUUAUCAAUGUCAGGAAUUCAGGAAAGAUAAAGCAGGCAAACUUAAAAGGUACCUUGUAGACUUUUUGAUAGGGCUUAUUCCCUGAUUUGUUUGUAUCUCAAGGAAACACACAAAGCGUUUUUUGUAAGAAAAACUGAAUGUAAGCAGAAAUGUGUUUGUUUACAGGAAAACUCUUCAAAAUCCAUUCACCCUCUCAUAGUAGCUCACUGCACUGGUGACCACCGUGAGAAGUGAUGCAGCAGUGAGCAUCUGACUCUUUCUAGCAAACAUAAACAUUUCAACCAGUAGCUAACGUUCACUCUAACCCAGGUACAUUUUAAUAUGUUGACUUGUUAGAGAACUAAGGUAGAGGAAAUGUAGCAAAUAAACGUUUUUUUUAAAAAAAAAAGAUCUGAUAGGAUAUAAAGGGUAACUCUUUUUCUUUCAGUUCAGUUUUAUUUACCGUAUCAGAUCGGUACUUGGUAUCUGUUUGUUUAUAGCUGAGCACUGUGAAUCGCUGCCAUCGGGGCAGUGAUUUAUAAAAAAAAAAAAAAAAAAAAGUGGCAUCGGUGCAUCUGUAGACUUUCCUGCUCUUUGGUGUAAAUGAAGUAACUGUACCACUGUACCGACCUGAUGAAGUGACCUGACCUGAGCAUGCACAACUUCUGAGAUCGUUCAGACUUUAUUGAAAUUUAUUUUUGCUCUAAUGGCAAUAUUCUGUAUAUUCAAUAAUAUUCAAUAUACCCCAAUGUACAGCUGAAUUAUAUACGGUACAGCUGAGUCUAUUUUUGUAUAAAAAGAAGGGGAUUGUUGUCAGGGUUCCAGUGAGUCGUGAAUAUUACUAUAAUACAUUUUAGAAGGGAUUUUGGAGAUUUGUAACAACCAUUUAAUUUGGCAUAACCAAAAUAUAAGGAAUUCUUUUUUUUUAUUUAAUUUUUUGAUGCUCGUUGGAACCCCAAUGAUAGCUUUCUGAUGAAUUUACUUCUCCUUAUUCAGAGCCAUUGUAAACGCCCCAUCUUAUACUGUGUGCCUGCUGAUUUAUUUUGCACUAUAUACACAGCUCCACCCCAUGGCAGAAACGUACGCUGGAAAAAUAAAAAUAAAAUCAAGCUAAAUUUUCUUUCUUUCUGUUGCCAAAAAUGACUAUAAAUAGUGUGGAGCUGGUGGAGACAUAUUUUGUGUAUCAGUUUUGAACAUUCUGUAAUAAUAAGAAAGGCAUCGGCUGUAUAGCUGAUUCAAGUUAAAUCACCAAACAGGGACGACUAUGAUGGCUGCCACUGUACGAGCCUAUAAAGAAGGGAGAAUUGUUUGGGGGGGGUGCGAGUUUUGUUUUCCUUUAACGUACAAAUCAAAUGUUUCUAAGCCAAAUGUCCCCGUCUUUUCCUCCUGUCUUCCUCACACAUGAAGAGAGAAUCUGAUUUGCAGCACAGGAUAAACCUGAUCAAUCAAACCUGUACGAAAGGUUGAAAGUCAGAUGACUUACAAACGUGUGAAUCUAGCUUCAGUCUUUUUAUUUCUGUUCCUCCCCAGUGUGUACUGUUUACGUUCAGAGUUCUUAUUGUACAUUUGGAUGUGAAUAACAUCUGGUUGUAAUUAUAAAUAAGCUUGUAUAUUGAUGUUGUUUUUGAUGCAAUUUAUCUUUACCUCAAAUGAUUUUUUUGGAUAUAUUGGACCAAUAAUAAAGAACAGCGAAUUCA